AUGAAGAUCAAAAUAUUUGUGCAGAAGAAGUCUAUUUUCACCUUCAAAAAAAACGGACGAGGAGACAUGUCGAUGAUGUCCACCCAGCUCCAAGUGUUGCGUGCCGGAGCACGCGUGUUCUUGAUCUGCCCGACUGGGGAGGACAAUGAUGGCCAGUCUCCGUACGAGAGUAUCUACACAGAGUUCCACAAGGAAGAAGAAGCUAUCGACUUUAUGGAACAAGUCCAGAGCCUCGCCCUCUGCUUCACCACCGUGGACGAUCUUUUGGAUCUCCAGAUCAAGGAGUUCGGGGCUAUCUUUGUUGAACGCGAGUAUCACCUUUCGAGUGUUUUGGUCUACAUGAAGACACAGUACGAUAAGGCAGGUAGAGGCAAAUGGAAUCGGUCUGCCAAGUACUGCAAGAUGCAAUUGGAUGUUGACCCUUCAGAAAAGUAUUGUGGGGCCAUCAAGGUCACCAGCCACAACACGUCACUGUUCAAUGCGGACCUCGUACGCGUCACUGAGCGGAAUGCCGAGGCCACCCACCUGACUGUAAAGGUCUCCUCCAAGUUUCUUGGCAUCCACGCCAUCUUUCCCAACCGACAUCCGCCAGUAAGACCGGAGGCGCCUUUAAGACGCUAG